UAUGUAAUCAUAAAUAAAUAAUACAACAAUAACAUCUAAUGGUACAUACUAUAAAUAGAAUUGCUCUAGAAUCAAUGUUAUUAAUUAAAUUAUUGCUAAAAAAUAAAUUACUAAUAAUAACUAAUUUUAGGUCAAAUUUUAGCAAUUUUAUAGAGAUAGAAUGUAAUUGAAUAAAAUCCAAAAGAAAGAUAAACUUGAAUUACAUGAUUAAAUACUGCGACUAUAUAAAACUAAUUAAGUUGCUCAAUAAAUAAAUUUAACUCUAUCUACUUAAGACAAUAUAUUCAUCUAAUCAUUUUCUAAACCAAUUAAAAUUUCAUCUGAAAGAAGAAGACCUAGAUCAUAAUCUACUCAUAGAAGUAUUUUUAGUUCACCUAAAACUAUAAGACCAAUAUUAAAAGAUGUUUUGAGAAUCUCUCCUAAAUGUAUUAGCAAUAGAACAACUAUAUCAUCAAAAAAUGAUAUUAGAUCUGUUAGAAAAAACAUAUUUUUAGAUGCAUUAAUCCUUUAAUAAGAUAGCUAAGAUUUAUUCUGA